AUGGAUCCAUACGUACCAAUUGUCCUAGAUCAGGGUACUGGUUUUGUUAAAAUAGGGCGUGCUGGUGAGAAUUUCCCGGAUUACACCUUUCCCUCUAUUGUUGGUAGACCGAUUCUUAGAGCAGGAGAACGAUCCAAUAUUAGUACCCCUUUAAAGGAUAUUAUGAUUGGAGAUGAAGCUAGUAAUGUUCGUUCAUAUUUACAGAUAUCUUAUCCUAUGGAGAAUGGGAUUAUUAAGAAUUGGGCGGAUAUGGAACAGUUAUGGGACUAUGCAUUUUAUGAUCAGAUGAAAAUACCAUCUACUGCUGGUCAUAAGGUUUUGUUGACAGAGCCUCCUAUGAAUCCUUUGAAGAACAGAGAGCAGAUGUGUGAGGUUAUGUUUGAAAAAUAUGAUUUUGGUGGUGUUUAUGUUGCGAUUCAAGCUGUGUUGGCAUUAUACGCCCAAGGGUUGUCGUCAGGCGUUGUUGUAGAUUCUGGUGAUGGUGUAACUCAUAUUGUUCCUGUUUAUGAAUCUGUGGUGUUGAAUCAUCUAACUAGGAGGUUGGACGUUGCAGGUAGGGAUGUGACUAGGUAUUUGAUUGAUUUAUUGUCACGUCGUGGGUAUGCAUUUAACAAGACUGCAGAUUUUGAAACUGUUCGUCAAAUUAAGGAAAAGCUAUGCUAUGUCUCAUAUGAUUUGGAUUUGGAUACUAAAUUGGCCCAUGAGACUACGACGUUAGUUGAAACUUAUGAGUUGCCAGAUGGGAGAGUAAUAAAGGUUGGUUCAGAAAGAUUUGAAGCUCCAGAGUGCCUAUUUCAACCAAGUUUAGUUGAUGUUGAACAGCAGGGCAUUGGUGAAAUGUUAUUUAGUACAAUUCAAUCUGCAGAUGUUGAUAUUAUAUCUGCAUUAUAUAGGGCAAUUGUGCUCUCUGGUGGUUCUUCUAUGUAUCCUGGGUUGCCAUCACGUUUGGAAAAGGAAUUAAAACAGUUGUGGUUUACUAGAGUGUUAAAAAAUGAUCCAGCUCGCUUGGAUAAAUUUAAGGUCAGAAUUGAAGACCCUCCAAGAAGAAAACAUAUGGUUUUUACAGGUGGUGCUGUUUUGGCCAAUAUCAUGGCUGAUAAGGAUCAUAUGUGGCUAACGAAAAAAGAAUGGGAAGAAAUGGGCCCUGCUGCUAUGUCUAAGUUUGGACCAAGGUAA